AGUAUGCCUACUUUUGUUAGAUCCAGUUUAGUGUUUGGCAACAAAGAAGAUUUAGUUGGUGUACUGGAAUUGAUGCUCAAGAGACUCGAAAACCUUCAGGUUUUAAUGAUUGUUAAUGUGCGUACCUUUUUGGUGGAAGAAUAUGCUGACUCUCCUAUAUUUACAGAAGGAAAUUAUUAUCCUGACGCAUUUCAUACCUGGGAUGAUGUAUGUAUCUUUUUAUACAACAACUGCAAAAAUGUGACACUCAUAUGCCAAAAAAUGAAUGAUCACCUUGAUGCUAUCCGACAUAUACUGGAAACGGAAAACAACAUUGGCCAUUGCAAUCUGUCAGAAAUCCUACGAGUACCAAAUGAAAUCAAAUAUCUUGUUAAUAGCAUAGACGAUAAAAUAAUUAACCAUCCUGCAACCGAAAAAAUCAAAAAAGUCUACUACAAAGAAAAUGACCCAAACCCAAAAAUAAAAAUCAGGAGAACAUGGGUAGAACAAUGUUUAGGUCAUCACGUUGAAUUAGUUGUAGCAUUAUAUAUCCCUUUCUUUUUCCUGUUAAUUGUAUGGGAUGGAUCUUGGACAGGCAAAUACUACCUGAAUGCAGUCGUGAGUAUAUUUACAUGUCUUGUCCUGUUAGUUGGACUUGAUUCCUACAAUAUCAAAAAAAGACAAAAGGUUUAUCAAUUGUGCGACAAAUGCGUAGAAUCAAUAAUUGUCUUCCACUACGAAGUAGAUUACCAGUACAGAAUGCUGCGCCCAAAAUUAAUUGCUAAUGAACAAAACAGACAAUGGUUGAUCCAACUAAAUAGGGAUCUACAACAUAUUUUCAGUCAACUCCAAUCUAUGGCUUAUUUAAGUGAAAAAUCGGCAAAGAACCUCAUUUUGGCUACCAAUCGACCCAGUGUUCUUGAAAAGUAAUUUUUCCUCAAAUAUUCAGUACAGGAUUUUAUAUUUUUAUG